CAGUUUCUUCUUAGUGGUCACAAUAAGUACAGGUUUAGAGAGGGGAAAAAAAGAUAUUAAAAUUCCAACAGCGAAAUAAAACCAUUUUACACCUAUAUGCAAGAGACAUUUGCAAAACCAGUCAUCUGUGCAGGAACAUGAGGCCUGGAAAACUGCCAGGUUUUCCAAGUGUGACCUGCUGUGCAAAUGCUGAUUAUGCAAGUUAAAUCUGUCUGGAGUGAAUUUACGCUCCCUAUUUUCCAGGGCUCCAAAAUAGCAUUGCUUUACUUACAGAAAGCAUGUCAAACUCCAGAUCUUCAUAUGACAUGUUUUCAAGAUUUUUGAAAAGUUCUGUACAGCACAACUCCUUUCUACUUGCAAAAUGAAAAUGAGUUUAUUCUAAAUAAGAAACUGAGGCAAUUUUGAGGAGGAUUAAGUCCUGGUCACUUUGUUUCAAUCUUUUACAGAAACAUCAAUGGCUUAUUUCGAAAAAAAGAAAAAUGUGAAUGACAACCGUAUCUCUUCUCAGUACGAGCAAUAAAGGAUGCAUAUCCAUCAUUAGCUUGAAAUUAAAAAAAAAAACCUUCAACAUCAGCAGCUGCCUAGAAUCAUAAAACAGUUUAGACUGGAUAAGACCUUAUCUUCGUCUUAUACAGCAAGUCCAGUUUCAAGAUUAGAUCACACUACUCAAAGCCUUACCUAAAUCAAAACUUCAUGUAUGUCCAGGAAUGGAAAUUCUGCCACCUAUCUGGGUGACUGCUUCAGUUCUCAGUCACCUUCCCAAUGAGGUUCAUUUUUUAAUAAAACCCAAUUUUUUCCUGAGGUAAUUUGUAUCCGCUAUAUACUUUCACUGUACACUUGCAAAAAUAAUUUAUCUUCUUUGCAAACACCCAUUAAGUAGCUGAACAUGUCUUUCUUUACCUUCUCAUCUGGAGGCUACACAAACCUUGUUCUUCCUGCUACUCUUCAUUCAUCGUGUCUGCCAACCUCCAGCUAUCCAUGCUGGAUGUACUCAGCUGGACUUACUUAUUUCUCACUAAUGUUACUAUCACCAUUUCAUGUAAUUUAAAAAAAUUAUUGUACUAAAGAUGACCAAACAGUAAGGCGAAGAUACUUAAAUACUGAAUGAUUAUUUAAUGAGAAAUGUUUUACAAGCUAAGAAAAACACAAUGGCAACACCACCUUGGUUAAAAAGUAUCUGUCUUUAUACACUGAAAAAACCUCCUUUUUCAUCCAUUUUAUUUAAGAAAACUAGGUUGCAUAUACAUGUAAGUAUUGAAAAUCAACACCAAAAAAGUUUUAGAAACACAUGACAUCCAAGUGCUGUUCAAGUAGCUGAGGGUGGUUUGUGACAUGGGUAUUUCUGGCAGCAGUGACAAUGCAAAGCCCAUGUUUCCAAGUCUACUGUUGCCUACAAAGUUCUGGUGUUGACUUACUUUUUGAAAGACUGUGAAAGCCUCAGCUGUCCACCUUGAAUAUGAAUCUGCAUGGAGAACUAAAUUAGGGUAUUUCACCAAAGGGCAACUGUUAUAAUAUGUCAGUAGACACUACCAGCUGAUUUAGAUCACCAUGCAUCAUCACUGUCUACCAUGCACAUAUGCAGCUAUUUUUCCCCUUUCAAGUAGGGACUCUGAAGUGAGAUGACUAGGCUGAGUGUAGAGACAGUGUCUUCAGUGAGAGUCACUGCAAAUGUUUCAGUUGUAAAUUCAACUAGUCUAGAAAAGUAACAGAUUUUACUGCCUAUAAUCUCUGAGUAGUAGAGUUUUUAACUUACAGUUAUUAAGGACCAAUGUAAAAUUAGUUUCUCCUUUUUUAAGCAAUGGAGGUUCAACACUGCUGAAUAAAGUAAAAUUGCUACAUGUCAUCUAAGCUGAAUCUCUUGCAAUAUAUAUGCAGUUAUAAAAUACUGCAAAUUAAUUGUUAGACAUUUUUAGAACUUUUAGCAGCAUUAAUACACAUUAACUUACAUUCUAUUUACAUGUAAUAAAUGUAAAUAAUGUAAUACAUUGAAAGUGUAAUUAAUAUUUCAAUGAAAACACCAAUCUUGAAACUUUUGUGGUACUUGCCUGGAAGAAAGGACAUUUCAAAUCCUUGUAUUUAUUGCUUACUUUCUUACAGUUCUUAGCAGGCUUUAGAUGAACUAGCAACUAGUAAUUACAGUUCUGACCACAGAAAGACACAAUUACUCCCCAUGAUGUCCACUUUAGUCAACAGAAGUUAAUGCCAGACAACAAAAAUAGCUAAUUUGUACACACAGUUACUAUGCACUAUUUUCUAAGUUUUAGAAGAGAUUAUCAUUUGUAAAUCCACACUGAUUCCCUCCUCAUUACUUACUGAUAAAUUUAUUUUAAAACAGAUUUUAGGAAGUUCUUUGCAGAAGAAUAUUUGACCGGAAAUACAGGAUCAUGAUGACAACAAGAUUCAUCUGUUUAAUGCUAGUAACUGUUGUGGGAGUUACUACGAGUGAAACACAGGAAUUUGAAGGCAAUGACAAGGAAAAGCCUCAAGAAUUCAUUUAUACGAACAGAUACAAGCGUUCCAGUGACACACAGGACAAAUGCACUUACACCUUUAUUGUACCUCAGCAGAGAGUGACAGGUGCUAUUUGUGUUAAUUCUAAGGAGCCUGAAGUUCUGCUUGAAAACAGGGUAAAUAAACAAGAAUUACAGUUACUUAACAAUGAACUUCUUAAACAAAAGAGACAAAUAGAAACUCUCCAGCAACUGGUAGAGGUGGAUGGUGGAAUUGUUAAUGAAGUUAAACUCCUAAGAAAAGAGAGCAGAAAUAUGAAUUCUCGUGUCACACAACUCUACAUGCAGCUAUUACAUGAAAUUAUCCGAAAACGUGAUAACGCCUUAGAACUUUCUCAACUUGAAAAUAAGAUUUUGAACCAAACUGCAGACAUGUUGCAGCUUGCAAACAAAUACAAAGACUUAGAGCACAAGUAUCAGCAUUUAAUGUCAAUUGCCAAUAAUCAGACAAUAAUAAUUGCCCAGCUGGAAGAACAUUGUCAAAGAACGCCAUCCAUAAAGCCACUGCCACAAACUCCACAACCUCCAAUUAAAGUGUACCAGCCUCCUACUUACAAUCGCAUUAAUAACCAGAUAUCUACUAAUGAGAUUCAAAGUGACCAGAAUUUAAAGGUUCUGCCACCUACCUUACCAACUAUGCCUGCAGUUACUAGUAUUCCAACUUCAACUGAUAAACCAUCUGGGCCCUGGAGAGACUGUCUACAAGCAUUAGAAGAUGGCCACGACACAAGCUCCAUCUAUCUUGUAAAACCAGAAAACACGAAUCAGCUGAUGCAGGUCUGGUGUGACCAACGGCAUGACCCCGGUGGCUGGACGGUCAUUCAGAGACGGCUGGAUGGCUCUGUCAACUUUUUCAGGAACUGGGAGACAUACAAGCAAGGAUUUGGUAAUAUAGAUGGAGAAUAUUGGCUUGGAUUAGAAAACAUUUAUUGGUUAACAAAUCAAGGCAACUACAAACUUCUCAUAACAAUGGAAGAUUGGUCAGGUCGAAAAGUAUUUGCUGAGUAUGCCAGCUUCAGACUGGAGCCUGAGAGUGAGUACUACAAGCUGAGACUGGGACGCUACAACGGCAAUGCGGGAGAUUCUUUCACUUGGCACAACGGCAAACAGUUCACCACCCUAGACCGGGACCACGACGUAUAUACAGGUAAUUGUGCUCAUUACCAGAAGGGAGGAUGGUGGUACAAUGCUUGUGCUCACUCAAACCUCAAUGGAGUCUGGUAUCGUGGAGGACACUACCGCAGUCGAUAUCAGGAUGGCGUUUACUGGGCUGAAUUCCGGGGAGGAUCGUAUUCACUAAAGAAAGUUGUUAUGAUGAUAAGACCUAACCCUAAUACAUUUCAUUGAAAUAACUCUUCUCUUGGUUUGCUUUGUUGUUCUAAAAAUCACAUAAAGCUACAAUGUUAUUACCAGAAAUUAUCUUUUCAGAAAUGAGGAAUGUAAAAUACUGUACAUUUAUUGAGAAGAUAUGAGGGCUUGUAUAUUAUAUUUUCAAGAAUUAUCCCAGGAAAAAGAGCUGAAGAAAAGGAACUGUAAAAAAAUUCAGAACACCACUUGGUAGUAUUAGAACUUGCAGUUUAGAUGAAAACUGUAGGUAAGCUUCCUGGUUUUUACUCCCUGUAAAUUAAGUUUGGAUGAUAAAAAUAUUGCUACCACAUUUAACUAUUUUUGUAUGUUAUGUAUAAAUAUUCUCAAAUACAGGAAAUAUUACAAACUGUACAGCAAGAGUUUUAUUAUUGUUAUUGUUAUUAUAAGCAAUCAUUUGACACAGGAAUCAUAUCCUUUGAACUAUGUAGCUGGUAUAUGUACAUCAAUGUGAUGAUUAUGUAAUCUUUGUUAACUACCAUGAAUAAAGUUAGCACUACAUAAUUCUGUUUUGAGAGCAGAAAAAACCAUUAUUGUCCUGAUAAAUCUGGCCUUUUCCCUUUACUAUGUCCAUUUAGAUAAUCUGCUCCUAUAAAAAUUCACCAUUAAUUCAAGUAUUUUCAGAUUAGAACCACAAAUUAUUUUUCUUUCCAAAAUGAAGUAUGUACUUGCAUAUGAAAAUUAUACCACACAACUUUUACAGUAUUUUGUACCUGACUUCAGUGAUUACCUGCUGUGUAGCCUCUGUAAUCAGAAAUGGCUGGAUAUAAAUUAAAAGGUCUAUCCAAGUUUGCAGGCAAAUGAUGGAUACCAAUUUCUAAGCUAUUAAAUAGCCUUAGCCUUUAGUUUAAAAUUAUACAGAAAACUUAUCAGUAGCAAAAAGAAGCUAUUUUUUAACAUAUUUCACAAUUAUAACAUUACUGUCAAAUUAUUAAAUAGAUUUACUUAUUUAUAUUUAGAGGUCAAUCACACUUAUGAAAUAUAGACUGGCAUAAUUCUAAUAUUCUUCUGAGAUAGGUUUCUAUAACAGAUUGCUAACACACCCAUUACAAAACAGCAACUACUACAAAAAACACAAAUUAUAGAAUGCAUAAAGAGGCAGAGUAAAAGCCUCUAGAAGUUCAACAUUUUUGGUCAGCCUGUACCGAGUGUUUAUGUGUGUUUGCAUACUUUUCUCUUAUAACCUCAUCACAUCUUUACCACAGUAUGUGUGAUGUAGCAUGUGUUGUAUAUAAGUGAAAGUAGGGUUUUUAAUAUAUUAGAUUACCCCUGUAAUAUUAUAACCCUUAAUAAAGUAACAAAUGUUAUUUUGA